UGAAAUAUUAGACUAUUUUCUGUAUCAGGGACUCAACAUUUCAAAACAGAAUGGCGGAAUUUAAAAUUGCAAUUUUAAGCCUAGUCCUGCUGGUCAUUGCUUCUGUUGAAGCCAACAACAGACAUAAGCGACAAGCAUGGGGUGGAACUGGCCCCAGUUUCCGCAUAACUGAUGGAGUCCCUGUCGACCACCAGAGCCCGCCUAGCAAACAAGAUCCACCACCGCCGCCACCACCCUCCUCCCCUAAAGGUCAACAAAAUCCGUGGAUGACCGGAAGCGGAACCGGUAACAGCGGCCUUGACCUGAUGAAUAUGAUGGGAGGAGGAAUGAAUAAUUUUGGUGGUGGACAAAACAGAGGCAUGGGCUCUGGAACAGGACGAGGUAAUAUAAGGUCUCAAAAUGGGUGGGAUCAUCCACCGCCACCAAGGCAUGAUCAACAUCCGCCGCCGCCUCAAAAUCAUAGGAAUUCACAACCACCGCCGCCGCCACCGCAACAGAACUGGAAUCACCCUCCGCCACCUCAAAAUCAUUGGAAUCACCCUCCACCCCCUCAAAAUUGGCACCACCCACCUCCCCCUCUCCCAGUAAAUCCUGCCCCGAAAAAACCAGCUGCCGAUGUUGCAGGUACCUUGGCUGCAUUAAGACGGCAAUUAAUGAUGGGAAUCGGUGUAGAUACACCAGAUCACAAGAAAAAUUUUAAUCCAGCUCCAGUAGAACUUCUCCACUAUGGAUGUCCACAUGAACUGCCUGUCCAGCAAUGCGUUGUAAAUCCAUGUCCGAUUAGAUGUAAAAGAUUCCCAAUGGCAAAAUGCUACACAAAUGCAUGCGGAGGCUGUGCACCAGAAUGGAUACAGAAUGGAAUGAAAAUUAUUGACUGUGAUUAAAGUAUGACUCCUAUCUAAAAAAUGAUUUUGACUGUCAGUGCGGAAUGGUGGACACAAAGAACAAUUAAAGUGCGAAUGUUUGUUUGCUCAGUCUCCGGACUGUGUCAUGUAGUUGUGUUUAAACAGCUAUUCACGUUUUUUUACCCGAUGAAACAUGUUAUUAUAUUUUGUAUCCAAAAACAAGAGAACAAUGAUAAAUUUCUAUUACAAUAUCUAAAAUCAGUAUGCUUUUGACAGUCUCAUCAUUUAAAUUCAAAAAAGAAGAAUGAAAAUAUAAAAACAACUGGCUAUGUCUUCUUUGUAAAUAUCCAAUGUUUGAAUAUAUUAUUCAUAUAUUUAUAUAUUUUCUAUAUUUGAUAUUUUGGAAAAUAUCUAAUUCAUUCUAGGCGUAUAUGUACAAUAAAACAUAUAUUUCUUUA